UGUACCCUUCGUUGUGGGAGAGGAGGAUUUAGUGUCUCACACAGCACGAAGACGAAAACAAACAGCAGUCGGCGUUUCUGGUGGGAAUGUUUUGACUUUUCAGAUUGCAUUGAGAUUCCAACAUCUAAUCAUCUAGAAACAGCAGUCUCUAAAGAGGAAAUUUACUAAAUAGCUUGGCUAGCAGUUAGGAAAGAUGAAUGUGGAUUCGGCACCGAGCGGCGGAGCAGCGCCGAACUCUUCCACAUCCACCACCACUGCAAACUGUGUUCCUACCAGUAAUACAGCUGCUAAUGUCAGCAGCAUUCCUUCAGCUACCAGCGCUAACGUUCCAACUUCAGCCGCCAUGGCAACACCAUCUUCAGAUUCUUCAGUGUCCAAUGGGCUCUAUGCUCCCCCAGGACUAGCUAAUGGGGACGUCAAGCCUGUCAUAUCAAGCACACCGUUAGCUGAUUUUUUGAUGCAGCUGGAAGAUUACACUCCCACAAUCCCAGAUGCAGUAACAGGCUACUACCUAAAUCGAGCUGGUUUUGAAGCAUCGGAUCCAAGGAUUAUCCGUUUGAUCUCGCUGGCCGCACAGAAGUUUGUCUCAGACAUUGCUAACGAUGCACUGCAGCACUGUAAAAUGAAGGGUACUGCUUCAGGAAGCUCCAGAAGCAAGACAAAGGAUAAGAAGUACACACUGACAAUGGAGGACCUGGCUCCAGCUUUAUCUGAGUAUGGCGUCAAUGUUAAGAAACCCUACUACUUCACAUAAAGAGUUUGCGUUUGCUAAAAUGAACUGCGGAAAAUAACCCAAGAUACUGGAUCAAUUCCUUGUGGUCUCCAUCGCAGAGACAUGACAUCUUUAACCACAAAAUAUUUCAUCCAUGGCACACUGAAGACCCAUUUAUCUGCAGGCUUUUCAUUUAUUUUUUAUUUUAUUUUUUAUUUUGCUUAGCUAUGGUAAUUCAUGAUACAAUUCUGAUACUGGUUUAACAGAAAUAAACAAGAAUUAUUGUCAAAUA